CCGGAAGCUACUGAGAUGGAGAGAGAGGAACAGAACAAACAAACAAUGCGCUCAUCCACAACAUUGUUCAGGUUUUCACUCACUACCAGACAGUUGACUCACUGUACAAGACCUCUCCUCUUCACUUUAGUCUACUGCAGGGUGGGAGAUGCAACAAUGGCCUUGAGAACAGCAGGAAGUGUGUUGGUGGUCUUUCUCUGGUCUGUGACAGUGGUACUGGGUCAGGAUGGCUGGAGUGUGACAUACACCACUCAGAGUAUCUGUACCUUGAAGGGGUCAUCAGUGGAUCUGUUCUGCUCUUAUACAUAUCCCAGAGGUACAGUCACAACAACCCUCUGGUUCACUAAAUGGGGGACUGGUGUAGAACCUGAAGAUCUAGGUCAGGACCCAGAGUAUGCAGGUCGUCUGGAGUAUCAUGGAGAUAAGAAGAAAGACUGUACCCUGAGAAUCACAGACCUGAGAGAGAGAGACUCAGCUACGUACAAGUUCAGAUUAUUAACAGAUCAGGAAGGAGGGAAAUAUUCUGGAAGUCCUGGAGUCUCUCUGUCUGUCACAGGUCUUCAGGUGAAGGUGACUGGUGGACAUCAGGAUAAGACACUGACCUGUAUCACCACCUGUACUCUGACUGACAACCCCACCUACAUCUGGUACAAGAACGGACAACAUCUAGAUGAGAGCACCUCCCCCCAGUACAAAGACUCAGUCUCCAGUAACUAUGAUGACAGUUAUUCCUGUGCUGUAAAAGGUCAUGAGGAUCUCCUCUCUCCUGCAGUGUGUGUUCAGGGUCAGAGCUGCUACAGAGUGACUUACACCAAGAGGAGAAUCUGUGUCUUGAAGGGGUCAACAGUGGACAUAUCAUGUACUUAUGUUGGUUAUUAUUCCACCACAUCAUCAUUCUGGUUUAGAAGUGAUAAGUCGACCCCUGAAGACCUAACCACAGACCCAGGGUAUGCAGGUUGUGUGAAGUACACUGGAACAUACAGAGGUCCCUUCACCCUGAGAAUCACAGAUCUGAGAGAGGAGGACUCAGCUGAGUAUCGCUUCACUUUUAAAACACACAACAUUGACUGGGGUCAUAGUUUCCCAGGAACAACUCUGUCUGUCACAGGUAAUACUACACUGUAUGAUACAACUGUAAAUCAUAAUGACUUACAGGAUAAAUAUAUUAACCAUCCUGUUGACACAGAGGUGUAUGUGGUUUUAUACAUAUUGUUUCAGGUCUGCAGGUGAAGGUGACUCCUGCUGCAGAGGGACAGAAGACACUGACCUGUAUCACCACCUGUACUCUGACUGACAACCCCACCUACAUCUG